AUGAGUCGACCGGCAGGACCGCCUUUGGCUGCAAGCGACCUUCCGCCAGGGCAGCAUCUCGGAUAUUCCACCACACCCGCAAAACCCGGUUCGGAGCCCACGGUCGCCACCCUCAUCAGAAUCGUCAAAUACGGCUCAUUCGUCGUCUCCGGAUCCAAGUUGAAGGAUCUCAGUUCGACAGCAAUCCCGGUACUAGCCUUUGCCAGCUCAUCCCAGCCGACAAGCACUGCUCUGCCCGCAGAUCACAUCGUUUCUUUGCAUUUCCAUGAUUUCCCUCACAAAGCAGGGCGGCAACACCCACCAGCAGGCCGUCCCCUGCCCCGCACCGACCGCGUGGUCCCCAAGCCCGUCCCGGAGGCCCAGUCCAAGGACCCCCGCGGCUACCAGCUCGGCCAGCUGCGCAAGCGGUACUCGCCCCGUGAGUCCACCGCCGCCGACGGCACCACAACCCUGGCCUUCCGCAUCAAACCCUCUGACCCGGACUUCCCGUUCGAGCUGGAGCACCUCCAGUGCGAACUCCGCGUGCCGGAAGAGUACCCCGAAGCAACCCCCGUGCUGCACGUGCGGAAUAGCGACAUCCCGCGCGGCUUCAGUAUCAACAUCGAACGGGGCUGGGAGAGGCUCGUCCGCGAGCGCCAGGGCGCGACGCUCCUUGCCCUUACCUACGCUCUGGACAAGAACCUCGAGAACUUUCUGUCUGAGCAGGAAGCUGCCACCAUCAAGCUGGUGUCUUUCAAGGAGACGAAAGAUACCCGCCACCUCGAGGCCGCCAGUGCCUCGUCUCCAGCGCCCAGCACCCAAAUCGACAAGGCACCAUCACCAGCUCCCGUCAGGCAUUACACGCCAGAUGAGUAUUUCACGAAAGAAGAGAUGGCGGCCGCCAAAGCACGGCGUGCACAAGAGUCGCGCCAGCUCGAGACUCGCAUGGGGCGCUUGUCCCUGUACCGCCGUUCACCGGACGGCAUCGUUUACACCCUCCCUCUUGAGCCCCGCCGCCGCAGCGAGCUGCCUUCCGGCCUCCAAGGCGUCAAGACGGUGCACCUCAUCGUGCCUCUGCUUUACCCGCUCCAACCGCUGCGCAUCCAGCUCAACGAGUGUGAAUCGCAGGACGCCGAACCCCUCGAAGAGCUUUACGUGCAGAAAGCGGCGGAGCAGAAGCAGAUGACUCUCACAAGUCACCUGAACUACCUGGCGCAGAACAUGCACGUUCUCGCCAAGCAGGCUCUGGCACCGCCCAAGCCCGACGCCCAGGUCAAGCCGGCGCCGGAUCCUGAAACGGUCACAAAGGCAAAGCCAGUGGCUGCGGCGGACGAGGACCGGAGCCACAUCAAAUUCAUCCCCAGACCCCCGGAAUGGGGCCGUUCUGGCGGUGCCAACGACGAAGACAGCGACACGUCAGACAGCUAUGACUCGAAAGACGACUCGGACGAAGGCGGUGCCGACCUCGACGCGGAGCCGCCCAGUCUCGCCUCCGGCCUCACCCCCGAAAGGGGCACAUCCAUCUCCUUCCCGACAAUCGAGCUCCACAGCAUCGAGCUCUUCCAGGUCUCCAUCCUCAACCUCAGCGUUAAGUGCUCGCGCUGCAAGACCAUCAACGAGAUCACCGGUCUCAAGCACGAGGUCCCGCAGACCUCGAGCUGCCGGAAAUGCGCGACGGGCUUUGCUGCCCAGUUCCGCCAGCAGCUCGUCCACGCAAACUCGACGCGCGCGGGCUUCAUAGACCUCACGGGCUGCACCGUCGCCGACAUGCUCCCCAGCACCUUCAUCCCCGUCUGCGCAAAGUGCUCGACGCCCAGCCAGGGUCUGGUGUCGGUCCGCGGCGAUGCCACCACGAACGUCUGCCGCUCCUGCCACGGCAAGUUCACGUUCAAGAUCCCCACAGUCAAGUUCCUGGCCAUCACAUCCGGCGGCCUCGCGGCACCGACGUCGGGGCCCGUCAAGAAGGCCGAGAAGCUCGGCUUGCACGCCGGCACCCCCCUGCCGGACCGCGGCGCGUGCGCGCACUACAAGAAGAGCUACCGGUGGUUCCGCUUCUCGUGCUGCGCAAAGGUGCACCCGUGCGACCGGUGCCACGACGAGGCCGAGAACCACGUCAACGAGUGGGCGAACCGGAUGGUGUGCGGGUGGUGCAGCCGGGAGCAGCGGUACUCGCCCGAGGCGUGCGGGUUCUGCGGCAGGAGCGUCAUUGGGCGCAAAGGAAAGGGGUUCUGGGAGGGUGGAAAGGGCACGCGGGACCGCAAGUUGAUGAGUCGCAAGGACCCGAGGAAGUUCAAGAGGGUGGGCGGUGGUGAAUCCUCGAAGAAGGACUAA